AUUUUGUCAAUAGUCCGAUAAUUUUUUUUUUGUGAAUAAGGAGUGUCACGGACUAGCUGCCCCAAAACGACAUAAAUUGUUCAUAUUUCCAGCUAAAUAGAACAUCGUGUCUGUUUGAUAAGGUCUACUGUAUUAACCAUUAUGAGCUGGAACUUUUUCAGUAGAUUUACUGGGGCUUCUCCAAAGAAGACUGUGCUAACUAGAGAGGAGGAAAAGGAUUUUGAAACUGAAGUGAAUAAAAUUGAAGUGUUGGAUGAAGCCACCAAACGCUUGUACAAGGAUAUGCGAAAGUGUAUUGAAGCGAUGACCUCGCUGUCUAAGCACCAGUGUCGAGUGGCUCACAACCUAGCUGCUAGUCCCAUCCUCAACACAGAAUCCGACCUCAACUCCUUGGAGGGCAUCAGUGCUUCCAUCAGCAAGAUAGAUGAACUCACACAUGAACUGAACCUCAGUGCUACUAGAACCAUGGUCGAGCCCAUGAAGAAGUUUAGUGGGAUCUUUCCGGGGAUCUACGUAGCCCUGAAGAAGCGGGAACAGAUCCUCCAGGAGUACAGUCGGUGCCAGAGCAAGUUGGAGAAGUACCAGGACAAGGAGAGGACCGGUCCUAACCUUGCCAAAUUAGAACAGAGUAAAAAGACCCUGGAAGCAGCUAAAGAGGAAUAUGAGAAGGUCCAUCAGGAACUCAUGGAUGGGAUGCCAAAUUUCUUUGAAGCCAGGAUAAAUUACUUUCAGCCAUGUUUUGAGGCUCUUAUCAAAGCCCAGGUCCAGUACUACACGGAAUGCUUCAAGAUAUACGUCGAGAUCGCAGCGUCGUUGGAGCACGACGAGACAGUACAGAGCGAUGAUGACUUUGAAGAGGAGCUUCAUGCCAAGCUAAAUGAUAUAAGAGCUCUAUCCAUCGUUGUCGAUGACUAACCCUUCUCUUGCCUGCCCAAUCCUGUGUCCAUCCCGUGCUGCUAGCUACUUAGUAUACCCACAGAAGUUGGUUUGCGUUAUAAAGGUAUUAAUUGUCUUGGAUUUUCCAAAGUUUUAUGUAUUCUAAUUUUUUAUCUAGACUAUGUCACCCAUGCAUUUUGGUUUAAUUUGAUUUAUUCAAACAAACAAAAAAUUACUGUACCUGUCUAGGGUCACCAGCCAAGGCUAAGAAAACUCAUUUAAAGGAAAUCAAGACCCAAGAUGAGAAGCAAUAUUUUUAGAAAGAGUAAAAUAAGAGGAACAACUUAAAACAAGUUUCAUCAAAAUCGGUUGUGAAAUAAGCAAGUUAUGGACGUUUAAUAGUCUUAUUAUACAUUCUAUGGGGAUCCUCAAAUUGGCUGGUAUGCUUCUAAAUGGCUGACUUUGUGGACAACUCUCCAUUUAUUUUGUACACAAUUUUUCAGAUUUUCCCUAUUUUUAAAAUUGCAUUUUCAAUUAUUGCCUCAUUCUGAGCAUAACAUAUGUCAUGAGAAAAUAUAAUUCACACCACAUAUGUCAAGGUCAGGAGGAGAUGAUUUGAAAUAUGUAAAAUAAAGGGGAAAAUCUGAAAAUUUGUGUACAAAACAAAUGGAGGGUUGUCCACAAAAUCAGCCAUUUCGAAGCAUAUUUGCCAAUUUGAGGAUCCCCAUAGAAAGUACAACAAGACUUUUCAAAUGUCCAUAACUUGCCUAUUUCAUAACCAAUUUUGAUGAAACUUGUUUUGAAUUGUUCCUCUUGUUUUACUCUUUCCAAUAAGAUUGCUUCUCUUCUUGGGUUUUGGGUUCCUUUAAAUAGGCGUCCCAAAAAUAAAAUGAAAUGCAUAUUGAUGGCAUGUAAACAAGAACUAAAUCCAUUUUCUGAACACUUGGAUGUCCAAAGAUGUCCAAACUCUUUUUACGCUGUUUAUUUCAUGUUUGCAUUCUAUUUUCAUGCAUCAAUGGUGAAGAACAUUGUUGUAGCUGUCAUUGCUUCUUUGUCUUAAAGGAGAAUGAAACCCUUGAAACCAGCUGAAUCCAUAUCAAAGAGAAAAAUCAAAGAAACAUAUUGUUGAAAUUUUGAGGAAGAUUGAAUGAAUAAUAAGAAAGUUAUGAGCAUUUGAAUAUUGAGAUCACUAAUGCCAUGUAGUUCCUCCCAUUGGCAAUGCGACCAAGAUCUGUGAUGUCACACACGUACAACUCCCUCAUUACUUUAGUACUUAUUUCACUUAUAUUCUCUCUUUUAUAGAGUUUAUCACAAGGUGAGGUGUUCUCUUUAUGAGAGGACAAGUACAGAGGUUUCACAACAUUAUAUCAUUGAUGAAUCGUUUGUCAUAUGAUUAGAAUGAGCAAAAAGAGAUGUUUUGGGGUACAUUUUCAGUGUCCAAAAGGAGAGUUGUUCAUCUGUGACAUCAUAGAUCUUGGUCGCAUUGCCAAUGGGAGGAUCUCCAUAGCAUUAGUGAUCUCGACAUUCAAAUGCUCAUAACUCUUCUAUUGCUAGUCCUAUUUUACUCAAACUUUUGUUGAUCUUAUUCUUUGAUUUUUCUGCUUUCACAAAAGCUAACUUGCUCCAAGAGUUUCAUUCUCCUUUAAUAUUUAAAAAAUGUUUCUACUUAAAUCAAGGUGAAAUUUUUAACCUGUGUAUAGACAUUCAAUUCAAUUCAGAUUCCCUAAAACUUAUUGUUAGAUUUGAAGUCAUAUUACCCCAUCGAUGAUGAAUUUCUAUUGUGAAAAGUUCAAUUUUCACUAUCAUAAUAACCUGCUCAAUUCACUGUUAGUAAUUUGAAAUAUGUCUUGUGAACUUGUCCCUAAACAUUAUUCAAUAAUUGAUUUAAUAACAAUUGGUUCAUUGCCAUUCAAUGCUGUAGACACACGCACAUGCAAAGUAUAUACUUACAGGACAAGGGGUUUGAAUGAAAAGAGGAAAAUCAAACUAGCUUAUCGCUGGAAAUUUCAUCAAAAUAGGAUCUAAAAUGAGAAAGAUAUGAUAAAUGAUGGGGGGGUGAGGAAUCCAUAAAUUGCUUAAAAGUUAACCCAGAUUUCACUUAAUACUGAUCACUUCGAUGUCAUGCAACAAGUUUAGACCAAGAAAGGUUUAGAGUUUAUAUUUAAGGUAUAAAGAAAAACAAUAUCACUAUUAUUGUAAGAGUUAAUAUGUGCUCUCCAUAUGGAAUCAGGUAUUUUCAUCACAAACCAAUGAGAGUUGAUGACUGUAGAAGUAUGAUACUAUGAAUCACCAUUCAAUCUACUUACAUAUGUAUUGUAAAAAUAAUGAAGAUUUUUUUUUCUUCAUUUUUAGCGCAUAAAACACAGCAAGUUGGUUGUCCCACACACGUUUUCUGGGGGGUUUUUACCAUAGCUUUUAAAAAAUUUGGUCAGGUAGCUUUUGGUUCCCUCGAGUCAUGUAAUCCUUAGAAAUUUUUAGAAUGCAACAUAUACUUCAAAAGCAAACAGUUAUGAAAUUAAUUGAAUAUCAUUUAAGUAAGAUACCUUUGAAUCUUUAUGAAUUUAUUUGUGUACUUGAUAAUCUUACAGUGAUUAAGUUGGUGCUAUGAGCAAUGUACUUGAAUAUUUAUUUCCUUUUCCUUGGAUUUUAGCAUUUCCAGAAUUUUCCAUAAAGUGUAUAAAUGAAGAAGCAUUAUGUAUACUACUAGUCGCCAAAGUAAACUAUUGAAUCCCAUAAAGUUACAAGCACCGUCUGCUCCCGUCUAGUGCACCUGACAAAGGAAUAGGAGCAAAAUAUUUGAGGAUUGUUGAUAAAUAUAAAUCAACAAUCCCUCUUGGCUUGAGGUCUUUUACUGGCCUUACUUACACUAACUUCCCUUUGUGUCUGCCUACUCCUUUUCUUUCAUCCCCUUCACUAACCUGAUUGGUCUUCUCUACUCACUAAUGCCCCUUUUGUCUCCUUGUUUCUAGUGUUGCUGUAGCUUGUUUGUGGUCUAUAUUAUGGUUGUUCCACUUUAUAUGUUUGUCAUUUUGCCUCCGACGAAGAUUCUGCUAGGAUCGAAAGCUUAGGCCCCUUUUUGACUUUCUAAUUUACUCCAUUGGCUCUCUUUUAUUAGAUAUGCAGUUUUCAGCAGCUUCUUUUUGCCAUAAAUAUAAAUAAACAGGAAAUUGGCCAUGAGAUGUACAAACUGCGGGUAAAUUAUCGCGCACGCAUGUGUUUAUUGCCCGCAUGAAAUCAAAUUAUGCAAAGAAAUUGAGUGUCUCGCAAGCGAAAGUGCACAUCGUGAAUGCAUGCUUGCAAGCGAGCAUAUCGGGACCAUAAGCUGGGACGAGACUGUCACUUCUACCCCAAUAGAGCUGUGUGAUAGGUAGACCCAAUCCAAUUGAUUUGUAAUGGUGGACCAUGUGGGGAACUAAUUAGGACGGGGAGAAAAUAACGGACUGGAAUGCAACUGGCCUAAGCAUUUGUGAUGUGAUGAUUGACGUGAUAAUCGGCAAGCCUCACCUCAACAAUUUGGCCUUGUGUUACUGAAGGGACCGGGUAGAGUGAACUUGACAAACAAAAAAGCUUAGUUUAGAGGUACAGAACAAGUUAAGCGAUCUGAUACCGGUAUACAGUUUAGGACAGGCUACUUGUCUGCAUGCUGUACAAGUACAUGUAACUGCUUCCUCUUUCAUAUUAAAGAGGAAUAUGCCAAAUAUUUUAAUUCCAAUUUAGUACAUUAAGAAAUUAGUUUACAUGUAUGAUUGUAAUUUGAUCAAAUAUAUGCAAUAAGCAUUUUGUUUACAUGUAAAUCCUGUUUUAUAUACACCUGUUUUUAUUGUGUUCAGAAGAGAUGAAAUUUCAAUAUUUAUGAUAUGUUUAUAUGAAUCGUUGCCAUUUGUAAAGAUGCUUAUUUAUUUAUUUCAGGUAUUUUACAUUUGCUUUUUAAUUUGUCUUGUGCAAGCUAUCAAUAGAGUAUGACAUAUGUUUACUGUUUGAUGUGUGUGUAUUUGAAGAUAAAUAGAUAGCUACAUGUAUGAAUUCAACAGUGUGUCCAUGCUGAACGUUCAGGGCCCAGUUUCAUAAACUUUAGCGAUCAAUCAUGGGGUUGAUUUCUACGAUUGAUCGUACACAAUUAUCAAUGCAAUCAAUCAUAGAUAUCUGCCCUAAGAUUAAUUUCUAAGCUCUAUCUUACAGGGCCCAGAAGUAAUGUUUCCUUCCUUGUGAUUAUUUUUUUUU